GUGCGUGUCUCGAUGCGGCACGCCUUCGAGCACUUGCAGCCGUUUUUCCAAAUGUUUUUAUUUAUUACAUCUGUAACAGUAGAGUGUACUGGUUGUGUCUGCUUCCUUCAGGUCGGCACACACACACACACACACACAGACGGCACAGAGUGAGUGAGUGAGUGAGAGUGUACAGCCCGGUUGCGCGCAUUCGGGGCCCCGCCUAGUACAUACAGACAGACAAACAAUACGACACCGUCACUAUUACGAAACACCUCGGACUGUAUGCCUGUGAACAUUUCAGUUGUUGUGUUUCUAAUUGCUGCUGCUGCAACUGCAACCAAAUGAACCCUAGUGCUCACGCAUCAUCAACCAUAUAAGUUGAUAAUAAGUUGAUCUCAUCAUCAAUCGCGUAAUAUAGUGUUUUCGAAUAGUAUAGUUUCGCGUCGCGCUAUGAUGGACGGCACAGGCCUGGACUCCGCCAGCGAGCACAGCAGUCACGCUUCGUCAGGCUCAUCGCCAGCCGUUGCCAUCAAACCGUCUCCUUCGCCGCCGACCAACAACAACCACUCGUCGAACAACCACAACCACAGCCCGCGGCAAGCGUCCCCGCUGGGCCCGCCGAUGUCCAUGGCCCACGCUCUCAGCCCGCCACCGGUCUCGUCGGCCUCGCUGGCGAGAAGCAUGGCUCUCGGCCACCUGCCGCCUCCGGGCUUGGGUCUGCUCAACUCCCUCGGAGUGCUGCACCACAGUCCGUUGGACCUGAUGGCCCACCACGGCCCGCCGAGAUCGUACAACAGCCCGCCGCCCAUCUCCACCUCCGAUCCCACGGCGAACGAGUGCAAGUUAGUCGACUACCGCGGUCAGAAGGUCGCCGCCUUCAUAAUCGCCGGCGACACGAUGCUGUGCCUGCCCCAGGCGUUCGAACUCUUCCUGAAACACCUGGUCGGCGGGCUGCACACAGUGUACACCAAACUGAAACGCUUGGACAUUGUGCCGCUCGUCUGCAACGUCGAGCAGGUCAGAAUCCUGCGAGGUCUCGGAGCCAUCCAGCCCGGAGUCAACCGAUGCAAGCUGCUCAGCUGCAAGGACUUCGACACCCUCUACAGGGACUGCACCACGGCCAGUUCCAGGCCCGGUCGACCGCCGAAGAGAGCACCGGUUGGGCUAAGUUUGGCAGCGUCGCAUUUACAGCAUCAACAACUCAAAAAACAACGCAUGGAUAACGGAGAAUAUCCAUACGAAAACGGACACAUGGGCGAUAUGUCUCGGUUGGAAAAAUCUCCGCUGCUAGCCAACGGCUACAAUCACCCGCCACAUCUCAAUCACAUGCAGUUCAUGCAGUUGCCGCACCCGGCGGCGGCUCAUUCCGCCCUUUUGUCGCCCGCAAUGCCGCACAACCUCAGCAGGCACGACGGUUCCGUCAUCAAGAACCAGGGCAUGCCCACCAUGGAGGCCCUAGCAAGAUCUGGCAUCUGGGAGAACUGCAGAGCAGCUUAUGAAGACAUCGUCAAACACUUAGAAAGGUUAAGGGAGGAAAGAUGCGACCCAGACAGACCGCUACCUUUGGACCAGAAACCAAGGGAUCUCAGUCCCAGAAACGGUUCUCCUACUGAACACAGUCCAGUUUUGAACCUUUCCAAGAGCGGGGGCGGAAGCGCCGGUUCUCUGGGCGAUGCCGACCAUUCAGGUAGCGAAGCUGACGGUCCAGACGCACCUCCAUCGCCCAGAUCGCCCAGAUCAGCUGCGGAAGACGAUGAAGAAGAUAACAUCAGCGAUCCAGAGGAGGAGGACGAGAAAGAUCAAGAUAUGGACGAUUCAGACAUCCCUCUACCUCUCCCAGUAGCCUCCGGUGCAGACAGCCCGCAAGCCGCCCUGAACUACUCCACCCUGGCGGCAGUGGCCGCCAACGGGCCCAGCCAAGACCCGAGCAUCUCUUCCACGGAAACCCUUUUGAGAAACAUCCAGGGUCUCCUCAAAGUGGCGGCAGAUAACGCGCGUCAACAGGAAAGGCAGAUCAACUACGAAAAAGGUACAAAUAGUAAUAUGGUCUACCUUCUAUCGCUAGCGCAGUAUUACAUGUAUCUGGCGGCCACACAAAAGUGUUAAUUUUUUAUCAAAAAACGUUUAUAAAUGUAUAUUAAUCAGUUGUUAAUUCGUAUGUUCCGUAAGACCGUUAGCCUAGUCACUUCAGGUUUUAUCCGAUUAACAAAGAGACGUCAUGUUUGCAAAUAUCUUGCUUUUAUGGGUCAAAAGUCAAAGUGUGAUAUACCAAGUGCUUAGCACCGUUGACUUCCAAACGCAAUAUUUCCUUAGUAAAAAUUUUGUGGAAAAGACUGCGAUUAGCAGGAAGCAAGAUAUUUUCAAAAAGCUACCCCUGUUCCUAAAGUGGCUGGUCUACGUGGCUCAGGAUGUCAAGUUGUCCAUUUUGUAAAUAUUAUUUGAGCCGACUUUGUAAAUUAUUCUCUGCCCAUAUCGACUUGUACUACAGUAAUUUUUAAGGUUUUAGCUUUGCUAGUUGUAUAUAUGAUAUACGAAAACAGGAGGGAUGUUUUAAUUUUUCGAAUCAUUGAAUGGUUUGUGGCAAACGUAAGAUGAUUAAGAUGUCCUCUGUUGUAUCAAAAGUUUUAAAAGUAAUUGUUAGAGGAUGGGCACAAAAACUUAAAGCCUGAUGUUUCAGUGAUGGAAUUUAGUUAUUCUGUCGGAUGGUUUUUAAAAAAUAUUUAAUAGUAAUGUGCCAUUUUUUCCCAGUGUUAAUAGAGUAGACGUUUAUUUAAAAAAAUACUAGUUAAUUUAACUUAAAAUA